AGAUAUACCUCCUUCGAUGAUGUCCACUGAGCAAAUGCAGCCACUGGAGCUCUCAGAAGACAGGCUGGACAAGCUAGACCCUCAUCGUGAGCACUUAGAUGACCUUUCAGACCAGUUCAUUAAGGACUGUGAUCUCAAAAAGAAGCCAAGAAAGGGAAAAAAUGUGCAGGUUGCCCUGAAUGUUGAGUCAGACCAAAAAAAACCAAGAAGAAAAGAUACACCGGCGUUGCACAUCCCGCCUUUCAUACCAGGUGUGCUUUCAGAACAUUUAAUUCAAAGAUACGAUGUUCAAGAGAGACAUCCAAAGGGCAAAAUGAGUCCAGCUCUUCAUAACACUGACCUGGAACAGAAAAAACCAAGGAGAAAAGACACACCUGCCCUGCACGUGUCCCCCUUUGCAGCAGGUAUGACACUGCUCAGGGACGAGAGACCCAAAGUGAUCAUGGAAGAUGACGAAAAGGAUGGUGACAAAAUAGCUAUUUAA